GAAUAAGGUCAUCUGAAGGUCGGACGGGCUCCUAGUAGACUGACCUUUAUCCUAUUUUGGAUUCCUCAUACGGGUCAAACUUGCGAAACGUCACCAGCUGAUGUUUAUAAAUGAAAUUCCUGCCAUUAGAAGGAUCUAACCUAUUCAACUUUGAAAUUUUAACAUAAUGUUACUUGCUCAGUGUCCAGUUUGUCACGAUUGCUUUACAAAUGCGCUUGAAUGUAACAUAUCCGCAUUACCUUGCGGGCAUGUAUUCCAUCAAAUAUGCAUUGAUACCUGGUUCAAAACAUCUUCAACAUGUCCACAAUGCAGGAUUAGCAUCAAAAGAACAUUUGUUAUUUCUAGAUUAUACUUUGAUAUGAUUAGUUACAGUUCAGAAGAACAACCUGUCAAUUCUACAACCUUUGAACAAGAAACUUUAGCAUCAGGAGAUUCGCAAUCGAAGGAUUCCAAAUCAAUAAAAUCGUUGAGUGUUCAACUUCAUCGAUUACGUACAGAAAAUACACGGCUAGAUUUACUAUGUAAAAAUUUUUCUCAAAAAUUGGAAGAAAAUUCCAAAAUGUUAAGUGCACGCGAUAAAGAAAUCUCAACAUUGUCCACUUUGUAUAGUGAAACAGAUAAACUAUAUGAAAAAGAAAGGCAACGUUGUCGAGAUUUAAGAACUGAAGUAUCAAGUUUGAAACAAUUCCUUCGAGAGGCUGAGACCAUGAAAGCUGAGGCUAUUCAACUUCGAAAAGAAACAGAAGACAUGCAUAAUGUGAAAAAGUUAAUAUCUUCUUCGGAAGAUGCUGCACGCGAACUAUUUUCUCGAUAUACAUCAAAAUUUGAAAAUGGAAACGAAACACAAAUUAAGCAUCCAAAAGAUACUGAACUAUUAUCUCUUUGUAAAUGGGCUUCUAUUUUACGAUCAGAAUUAACUGCUACUCGUGAAAAAGUAAGAAGUUAUCGUACAGAAUUGUCUCGAGUACGUAAACUACAAACUUCAGCAUCUCAAAAAAUCACACGCGCUGAAACUAAUGCAGCUGAAUACAAAGAACGUAUUAAACAAUUGGAAAAUGAAUUGUCAAGUUUAAUUGGAAAAAUUCAUUCAGAUAAUAGUAAAACAAAAAGAAAUACUACUGAAGAGUAUGUGGCUUUUAAAACUCCCACACCAACAAUUUCGACGCAUCCGUCUACUUCGACCACUCCUGCACGUUCAAUAGCCAUGAGUGAUAGUUCACUUAUUACUCCACCAUCAACAAAAUUAAUUUCUACAGAUUUAUCCACACCUGAUUUACUUUUAAUCAGUCCAUUUGAACAAUCAGCUAAUGUCACUCCAAGGAUGGACUUUGCAACACCUGCAAAUCCAUUUCGUAUAAAACAGAAUCGAUCGAGUACUAGUAGUUCAUCACCUCAACAAACUAUAUCUACUUCCCAAGUAUACAAUCGUACAUUAAUAUACUCACCUGAGACAAAUGUGAUUAACAAUCAAAAUCUAUGUGAUAAUAAUAUUAUAGCUAAUCAACGUCGACCAUCAAGCGUUUAUCAAAUGUCAAUUAUGCGUCAACAUGCCAAGAUUGCUGACAGGUACACAAUACCGACUUAUUCGAAUAAUUUUUCUAGUAAUCUUCAAUUUCAACAAACAUUCGAUAGAACCCUGUCUAAACUAUCCAAACCUUGUGUGUUGAAAACAGAUACUAGUGGUUGCCAAAAACGUUCUGCUCGAAAUUUAAAACGAUCUGUUUCAGAAGUUUCGAACACUUUAAAGUUAGAUAAUUUUGUCAUGAAACUGUGAAUAAUUUCUGUCCUUCCUGUAACUUCAUAUAUUUUUUUAAUAAACUAAUAAUUAAUAGUAUAGUUUUGUGCGAGAUAUUGAGAGGACGAGAUUGCGGUUAUUUGCUUUUCACGAAACCGG